CCCUCCCACCCAUGUACUGACAUAUUCAAUUCACUCUUGAGUCGGUCUGAAACAUGUCUUCUCGGCCUCGUCACUUCCCGCCGAUCUCACUCUGCAACGUUUCCGGCCGAGAGGAACAAACGAUCGCCGCCGACCUCGAUGGCACUCUCCUCGUCUCCUCUAGCGCCUUCCCAUACUACAUGCUCAUAGCCGUUGAAGCCGGCAGCUUCCUACGUGGUCUCGCUCUCCUGCUCGCCUUUCCCCUCAUCGCCGUCGCCUACCUAUUUGUGUCAGAGUCUCUCGCCAUUCAGCUUCUCAUCUUCAUAUCAUUUUCGGGUUUGAAGAUUCGAGACAUCGAGCUCGCUUCCCAAGCUGUGCUGCCGAGAUUCUACGCCGCUAACGUGAGAUCAGAUAGCUGGAACGUGUUCAGAAGGUGCAAGAGGAAGAUCAUAGUGACGGCGAGCCCGACGGUGAUGGUGGAGCCGUUCGUGAAGGAUUUUCUGGGCGGUGACAAGGUGUUGGGGACGGAGAUCGAGGUUAACCCGAAGACGGGGAGAGCCACGGGUUUUGUCAAGAAGCCAGGGGUAUUAGUGGGGCAUUCGAAGAGAAACGCCAUUUUGAAGGAAUUUGGCGAGCAAAUGCCCGAUUUAGGCAUCGGAGAUCGCCCGUCCGAUUUCGAUUUCAUGGAACUUUGCAAGGAGGGAUACAUGGUGCCCCGUGACCCUAAAGCCAGUCUUGUGCCACAGAAUGGUCUCAAGAGCCCCAUCAUCUUCCACGACGGUCGCCUCGUCCAACGGCCCACGCCGCUCAACUCCCUGCUCACCUUCCUCUGGCUCCCAUUCGGCUUCCUCCUCUGCCUCAUCCGCGUCUACUUGAACAUUCCACUGCCCGAGCGCAUCGUUCGCUACACCUACGGUCUCCUCGGCAUCAAGCUCGUCAUCAGCGGCAAUAUCCCUCCCCCGCCCAGCAAGGGCUCUCCAGGCUCCCUCUUCGUCUGCAACCACCGCACCCCGCUCGACCCCAUUGUCAUCGCCAUCGCCCUCGGCCGCAAGGUCUCAUGCGUCACCUACAGUGUCAGCAAGAUCUCUAGGCUCCAGUCGCCCAUCCCUGCCGUGGCUCUGACCCGCGACCGUGAAGCUGAUGCUGCCCGCAUUUCGGCCCUCCUCCAAAAGGGUGAUCUGGUCAUAUGCCCCGAAGGAACCACAUGUCGCGAACCCUUCUUGCUGCGAUUCAGCGCGUUGUUUGCGGAGCUGAGCGACCGAAUUGUGCCGGUGGCCAUCAACACCAAGCAAAAUAUGUUCCACGGCACCACGGUGAGGGGAGUCAAGUUCUGGGACGCCUAUUACUUCUUCAUGAACCCGAGGCCCGUCUACGAAGUCAAGUUCCUAAACCGUCUGCCUGAGGAGAUGACAUGUAAAGGUGGUGGCAAACCGGCAAUCGAGGUAGCCAAUCACGUUCAGAAGAUUUUGGGUGGCACCCUGGGGUUCGAGUGUACUGGACUCACUAGGAAGGAUAAAUACAUGAUGUUAGGAGGGAACGAUGGGAGGGUGGAGUCCAUGUACUCCAUGAAGAAGUAAGUGACCAGCCCGGUCCAGUGAGCUGGGGGACUUCAUUUUUAGUUAUUCAGUUGAGGAAAUUAAUUAGAUAACAAUACUGUAUUGUGCUUGGUGUUUGUUUGUCAUAAGGAUGAUUGGAUCUUUCAAUCUUUCUUUUAAAAUACGAACUGAAACUGAAA